AUUUAUUAUUCCCAUCCUCCAUUCACCUUGAGCCAGGUCAUUGACUUGGAGUUCAGUGUGUUGACUCUGACAGUUGUAUUCUGUCCAGGUGAUAAGAGAGGUCUAUUUGAUCCACUCUGGAAACACAUUGCACUGGCAGCAUAAUUUUUCACUAUUGCAGCAGCUUCCAAGAUCAUGGCGGCUCACGGGGCCACUCAACUUCCAACAGGUAGUAUACCUACGGGGCUACCAAUAGGCGAAGAGGUGAAGGAGUAUGAGAAAAUUUUGAGAAUAAGUGACGAUGUCUUUUCUGGAAUUCACCCCAGAUUGAAAGUUCCUCGCCAGUUUGUGCGCAAGGCUACCUCGAGAAACCCUCCCAACCCCCCUAUCACAACACAAACACAGGUAGCAAAGGCUGGCGGACCACCCGUAUCUCCUCCAGAGGGAACGGAAAAGUCGUCGCAGUCUAUCCUGCCGGCAUCAGAAGUUACGAGCUCACAAACUACUCCCAUGAAUGGUCCGUCUGCUGCAGCGACCGCGAUGGGUCCAUCUUCGCGUAUCGUCCCCAAGCCUGCCUCCGAGAUUGAUCCCAUAUUUUUGACCAAGUCGGAUGAUCUGGUCAGGGCGGAAAUACAGUUGGAGCGGCAGAGGGUGGAGAGGACAUUGCGUGAACAGCUUGACCAAAAAAGGCAAGAGUCGAGGCAAAAAACCUCUAUACAAGAUACAAAACCAGACUUCGAUGUCUCUGAUGUUUUGAAUAAGGCUCUUGAUAUGGUCAGGCCCACUGCUCCAAGCGAUAUCGCUGGGCCCAAUGGUACAGGGGCCCCUAGUGACUCGUUUGACGAGAAUUCCUUCUACUCUAGUAGAGCCCCGGACUCCCCACAAAAUGGCGAGCCGCAGAGAACAUCUCUAGCGCCUCCAUCAAACCCAGAUGACCUUGCUACUGAAGCCCCAGUAGAACAUAAUUCAGAUGAGUUGCAACGGCUUGAGGCCCUCAACAGAACUGGACCGGAUCAGGAAAUGCAAGAUACUUACAACCCAGUUGCAGACCAGCGUUUACCCUAUCAUCAGAGGCAGCCGCAUAAUGCUCAGGUAGACCUUGCAACCCCUAGGUCUUACGAGGCCCAGCCACCGACCGAUGCCCUUGAGGAGCCCGAGUAUUCGCCUCCGGCUCCGGGUGUGCCACCGAUGGAAAGGAGAGACAGCCAGGAAUUUACGAGGGGCUAUCCGGGAGGUACAAGACAACGACGAGCUCCCGAUGGCCGGCAGGCCGAUCGAAUUCGUUACACUCGCAGAUCGGCAUCACCAGGAGGCGAUAUGAGGAUUGUGAGAAAUCAUAUAACAUCACCCGCAGCUCCCCAGCCAUCCAGAGUCUCGCCUUUAGCAAUAACUAAGGUUCCAUCUGUCCAUCAGCUCAAGGAGUCGCGACCAGAAUAUGGAUCAGACCGGGGCAAUCCUGGUCAGGAUUCUGAUCGCGCUACUCCCGAUGUUGCCGCUCCACACUUGAUGCCUAGAAAACGUAGGCGGUUGCAGGAAGGAAGGGAUAAACCCCGUCAGGUUUCGUAUAGAAGACAAGCUUUUGACUCUGACCCUUAUAUUAAAGAGGAGCCAGUUUCGCCUCCACCGUUCGCAGACACCCCGGCUUUUCGAAGUCGGCAGCCUCAAGAGAGACCCAUCUACAUUGAUAUCGCAUCUCCGCAAUAUACUCCUGCGGUGGAGCGGAGAGAGCCUUCAAUUAGGGACCCUGCGUACGAGUUGGAUCCAUACCGUGAAAUCCAUACUGAACCUGGCAUCCAACGCACAGUUUCCCGUCUCAGUACCAGACGGCCUGCGCGCGAUGACCAAGAUCUCAGGAGGGUUGCGAGCUUGCACAAUGCCCGGCAACCAGAAUAUCCGCGCGAGUACAUCGACCAAACUAGCCCCCGUGCCCUGCGAGCCCCAUCUUAUGCGGUUGUUGAGCGUCCACUGCCAGAACAACCUCGGUAUUAUGACAAACCCGCCCAGCCCUACUCGAGACGUUACGUUCCAAUCGAUGAAUCGCCAACUUCAACUAGAUAUCGUGAGGUCUACUAUGACGAAGAGCCUCCAACUCGGAUCAUGGCGCCUCCCCCGCGCCGAAUUGUGGUUGACGCACAAGGGAAUCAAUAUUACGAGACUAUGGCUACACCGAGGAUGCAACCAAUGGCCCCACCAGUUAGCCGGAUACCGAAAGGGGACGUCUAUGAAGAUCACCCACCAGUACGUCCGGCAAGUGUGCGGGCUGCCUCGAUCAUUGAAGAUCCAUAUGGUGGUCGAAGAUAUGUCCAGGAAAUGCCGCCUCCGCAGAGCACGUAUCGACGGGUCACCGACUACGCUCGACCGACCCCGGCUGAGCGACGACCGUAUACGGCUUUAGAUGAACGAGAACCAUAUCCACGCAGCAGCAGCGUUCAAGUCACCGAGUACCCUCCCCGGCAUGCGGCCUACGUGGAUGAAGCUGAUAUUCCACGGGAACGGUUGGUCAGGAUGUCUAGUGUCCGACCUCCGACUGCAACCCGGUACGAUGAACCGCGUGAGGUGAUUCAACGGGUUGAAAGUGUGCGCCCGGGCGGACGAGACAUGAGUGUCUACGUGGACGAAGAUCCCCGACGAGCGAGGGAUUACAUUGAGCGGCCUGUGUAUAUGGCAGCUCGUGCUCCAGCCAGGGAAGAACGCUACUACGAUGGCGGAGAACCAGAGCGGAUGCUUCUCGAAGGGGGGAGGGAUGUAGUCCAUCGGGCUCCUCCCCGGUAUUGAGAUAUGUGUAUGUAUUUAAGUUGGAAUUUGGUGUGGGACUAGUUUAAUGGGAAUAACGAACAGUCACGAUAUGAUAGGAAUUUUGUAAGGUAGAUAGACAUGAACUCGGCCUUGGAUCAAAUGACUUGCAUCAGAGAUACCACUACAAAAUCAGAAAAGGGUGCAUAAUGACAUGGAGUAUUACAACAGACAAUAGGUUUUUAUCAUAUGCAAGACAGUACAAGGGUACCUAGAUCAAAGUAGAGCAAGGUGGUCCUACUAGUCAGUCGAUUUUCCAAUUGAUAAACCAGGGCAUGCAGAUUCCACCUGUUCAAUCAGCAAUCCAGACUGAGUUGUUGAAAUGAAGCGACAAACUCGGCAAAGAUAACACUAAGUACUGAAGGUGGAUGAUUAUUUUCUAUCAGGCAGACCAUGAU